AAAAGAAGAAAACCGCAUGUUUUUGGAGGUUAUAUUUUGAUUUUGAAUCUUAUUCGAAUUUACAAUGGGUAAAAACAAGAAAGAUAAAAAGAAAGGAAAAGGCGCCGAGAAAACUGCGAAUAAAACUGAAAAGAAGUUAUCGAAUAAAAUGAAGAAGGAAUUACAAGCGAUUGGUGAAGACGAUAUAGAAACCAUUUUAUCGCAAAUAGAACAAGAGGAGAAAAAGAGAUUGCAAGUAACAGAAGUUGUUAUCGACCCACCGAGUAGAAGGCUCAAUUUCAGUUUUAUAGCUCAUCCCGAUAAAGAGCAAUUGAUAUUGUACGGUGGAGAAUUUUACAAUGGACAAAAGACGUUUGUAUACGGCGAUUUAUUUUUCUACAAUAUCGUAAACAACACUUGGACGGUGGUGAAGGCACCAAAUGGUCCUCCUCCUCGGUGCGGACAUCAAAUGGCUGCCAGUUCCGCAAACAAAGGCCAGCUGUGGGUCUUUGGAGGCGAAUUUGCCUCCCCCACUCAAUCUCAAUUCUACCAUUACAAGGAUCUUUGGGUCUACCAUUUAGGCAACAAACAAUGGGAAAAAAUCGUAUCCCCAAACGGCCCGAGUGCCAGAAGUGGACAUAGAAUGGUCUUGAUUAAGAAGCAAUUAUUCGUAUUCGGUGGAUUCCACGACAAUUUAAGGGAUUAUAAAUAUUUCAAUGACAUCUACAGGUUCGAUAUAGAAACAUAUAAAUGGAUUAAACUAGAACCGACCGGGACACCUCCUGCUCCAAGAUCAGGAUGUUGUAUGGUGGGAACAAACGAUGGAAAAAUAUUAAUUUACGGUGGUUAUAGUAAAGAGAAAAUCAAGAAAGAUUUAGAUAAAGGACACGUGUAUACUGAUGCCUUCUUAUUAACACCCGAUAAAAACGACACUACUGGUUUAAAGUACAAGUGGCUGCAACAGAAACUAGGAGGAGCUUCUUUCUCUCCCAGAUGCAGCAUGCCUAUCGUACCUGCAAUAAACAAUUUAACUGCAUACACUUAUGGAGGAGUCUUCGACAUCGAAGACGACGAAGAAAACCUCUCGGGACACUUCUACAACGACUUCCUACAGUUAGAUUUAGAGAAAUUCAGUUGGAAUAAAAUCGCUCUAAGCGGUAAAAAAGACAAGACCAAGGCCAAAAGGAAAAAGGACGAACCGGACGAAGCCGCCGAGCAAAUGCAAGUAGAGGAACUGGAAGAAAAAGUCGAGCACUCCACGAUAUCUGAUGAUGGUGUGUUUAAAGUAACCAUCGGUCCAGCGCCCACUUGCGCUCAAACCAACACUGCUUCAGACAGCGCCAGCGUUUCCACGUUAUUUCAACCUUCUGCUCGAAUGAAUUGCGGCUUGGCCAUCAAACAUGGCGUUUUGUAUUUGUAUGGAGGCAUGUUCGAGGACGGGGACAAGCAAAUCACGUUCAGCGAUUUCUAUUCGUUGGAUUUGAAGAAACUGGACGAGUGGAAAACCCUUAUUGCAGAUGAUACGUCGAAAAUAGAGUGGCUGGGAUCUGAUUCGGAAAGCGACGAUGACGAAGAGAGUGAAGAUGAUGAGGAAGAGUCCGAUGAUUCAAGCAUGGAAAUGAAUUGAUACAGGCUUUUCCGGAAUACGUGUGAAAUUCGUUCUACUGAGAUAAAG